UUUUGCUCUCGUAUAUACCAUGUAUACCAACAGCCAUCAAGCUUCUGUAUCAAGCGGAUGUAUGCGUUUCGGCGCUCCGGGUAUAUGUCGGUGGGCAAAUGAACGGAACAGGAGGCCACACCAGCUUUCAAUACUUUAUUUUGCUUCUUUGUUAGUGAUAUUAGAUAAGCUAUGCUCUUUAUCGAUGCAUUGUAACGGCUUGGACAGAACGGUGACAACCAUCAAGGAAAAAAAAAAGAUCAACAGGUUUCAAAUGCAUUAAUUCGGAAUAAUUCAAUUAAUUCUGAUAACGGUAAAACACUGUUUGCUCAUGGAGGCGCGUCUUUUGUGAUUUCCGUUACAUACAUGCACUGUCAGACUGUAGACAUCAAUAUUUCUUGCGGUUAGAUAUUGCAUAUCCCUGGUUUAUACACUAGUUCGGACAAAAAAAAAUUGAUUCGAGUGAAACCCGUCAGUCGUUGAAAUCAAAGACUGUACAUCAAGAUGAUGGCUACAAAUGACGUCAUUACAAUGCUGUCUUCCGAGCCAACGAAAGAAGCUGAGUUUAAUUACUUUACAUCGGACAUCAAAGAUGUACAAAACAACAAGGUGAAAAGAAGGUGUUAUUUUAGAGCACUAUCAAGAGAGAAAUCUCUUGUUCUUCAUUCAGCCAAAGCAGGUGAUGAAUGUAUGAGAUAUAGACCCCGUCAAAUCACCAGGAUUGUCGAGCCUGAGAAGAAAUUUCUUUGCGUGGAAUAUGGUCCUGAUGAUGGUCCGAUGUAUAUGCUACUUGAUUUUAAUGAUUCAAGUGAAAGCAUGGAUGAAUGGGAAAUUGCUUUAUAUCAGUUGAUGGGAUUAGAAAAUAAGAUUCGUGAAAGAACCAAAUCAGAGAGUUUGAGACGGAGACCAUCAGCCAACAAAACCAAGAGAGCCGUCUCGACAUUUCAGCCCACCAAUCCAACCAUAACUACGAUUCCAGAAAAACUAGGCGAACAAAAUAAUCAAGACGAUACGGACAUCGAGCCACAAUUCAACGCCACGACCACGGAUGGUGAAUCAUCAUCGCAGGAACACGAAACGCGUGACAGAGUCGACUCUGAUGUCGACAAUGUAUCAUUGACCGGUUCAGAUGUGAUGUCACCAUACAGUAGUUUGAAAUCAGAGGGGGACGAUGAACAUUACAGAAAAGAAUACCAACUUAGACUGUUGGAAGAGGAAAGAGACAAGGAAUUCGUGGAUGUUGACGUUUGUGUUGAUGAAUUACAAAGACUGACCUUAUCUGACUAUGGCGAACAAGUCUAUGUGGGCCAUGUUGAAGACGAUGCCCCUUCCAACAUCCACAUCGGUGACAGGUUAUUGAAGAUGGAUAAUAAGAACAUCAACACUGCACAGGAUGCUAUGAAUGGGAUUAGAGGUAUAAAGGGAGAGAAAACUCGGGUCCCUGUGCUGCUAGAACGUUUUCCCAAAGGCAAUGUCUGUGUGGUUGGAUCAGAUGUAAAGAGCUUGAAUGAACUUGGGAUAGUAGUUAAAGGAAGUGAGAUUACAUCUACGCAAGGCAAAUUCAGACGAUCAUGUGACCCAGCUUGGGUAUCAUUUAAAGGUGAACGAUCAACUCGAUCAAUAACAGCUAUCAACGAUCACCCAGUCUCGCUUCAAGCAAACACACAGCAAGUGACCGAUAUGAUCCAAGAAGCAUUAUAUGAUGACUUCAAUGUUGUCUUCCAUGUUCAUCCAACUGAUUUCCUCAAGGAACUAGCUUCAUCCAGCAGUACCAAUCUCUGAACACUUCACCAGAAUGUGAAUCAAAGAAAGACACUAGUGAGAGAGAGGUUGCCAAGCCAGCAUGAAAGGACCCCUUUCAAGAAAC